UUCGAGAAGCGUGCUUGUAGACGCACGGUGAUCAAAUUUGUCUGCAGAGUUACAUCUAACUUUUGGAGACUUUUCAACAUGUUCUAAUGUCACAGAGAUGUUUCAAAUAUGCUGCAGUGACGUCAUGUAAUGCUUGAUAGUUUAAUACCCCCCAAAAAUCAAAUUUAUUUUUCAUCUAUCAAGUUAUAUUCCAAGACGAGUAGCUAAAAAAUUUGCAUUUUUACUUUCGACGAUUUAUGCCUAGUCUUUCCGCAUUCGUACUUUAAGAAUAUUUCUAUAUUUCUUAGAAACGGCAAAAUUAAAAGCACCUCAGAUAAAAAAAAAAACAUCUUCUCCACCUUACGAAAUGGAAAGAAAAAUCCGCCGAAUAGAUUCAUUAUGUGUUGAGUACUGUUUCAUGGCGACUCUGAAAUGCAUGCCAAACAAUUGUGGAACAGUAUAUAUCCGAGUGAAUACAUACACGUAUUUAAUCGCAGUGUACGGGCGAUUGAUGCCUCCAGAUUCUUUACCUGCAAAGCACAUGUUCCACUCUCUCAGGUUCACUCCCACGCGUGCGAGACGGAGUGAAACUGACUUCCUGUGUUCCACCAAUAAGGAUUGGAACGUUUUUGGACCCAGAGGCCUGUCCGCACGCACGCUCCUUCUCCUUUCUUUCUCGGUGCGAGGACUUUCUCGCUGGGAUCUAGGGGGGGGAGCAUGGGUAAGAAUUGAGGACUUCUGAAGGUCAUAGACUCCACUUGCUUGCAUCAGCUGCGAUUCCAUUGGUUCAGUAGACAACCUCCACAAGCAAAUUUGAGCUUUACUUUCCAACAAAUCAAAAGAAGGUCACCAUGCAAGGUCACAACCCAAAUUGGCGGGUUCCACCCAAGGAUCGGGUCCUCAAACGGAUGGAAUCCACCAACCUUCAAUCCUACAAGCCCAAGAUCAUCUCAGAGCAACGGAGAAAGAUCGAAGAUCUGUGUCGUGAUCUCAUUGUGAACAAUGAUCACAUCCAUGUGGUGGAACAACGUCUCCGACAAGCCAUUGACAAGGGUCUGGGCAAAGAGAGCCACGUGGUAGCCUCAGUUAAGUGCUACUCCACCUAUGUCCGGCAUUUGCCCACGGGCGAGGAGCAGGGUCAAUUUCUGGCCCUCGAUUUGGGAGGAACCAACUUCCGCGUGCUCCUCGUCGAUAUUGGUGAGAACAAGCAAUUCAAUAUGAAGUCCAAGAUCUUUGCCAUCCCUCAACAUGUCAUGAUCGGAACUGGAGAGGAACUCUUUGAUCACAUCGCCUCCUGUCUCAAAGAAUUCAUGGUGGAGCACGACUUGGAAGCCACUAAGCUUCCGCUUGGAUUCACCUUCAGCUUCCCUUGUAAACAACUAGGUUUGGCGGAGGGCCGUCUCACCACUUGGACCAAGGGUUUCAAGUGUUCCGGAGUGGAGGGCGAAGACGUGGUCCGUCUCCUUCAGGAGGCUCUGAAAAGAGUUGGCGAGCACAACAUCGAAGUUUGCGCCAUCUUGAAUGAUACCACUGGCUGUCUGAUGUCGUGCGCAUGGAAGGAACCCAAAUGCCGAAUUGGCCUCAUCGUUGGCACAGGCACCAACGCCUGCUAUUUGGAGAAUAUUGAGAACGUGGAGCUUUGGGACGGCGACUCGGGCGAACCCAGACAUGUCAUCGUGAACACGGAAUGGGGAGGUUUUGGUGACAACACCGAGUUAGAUUUCAUUCGCACGAAAUGGGACGAGGCCGUUGAUGAAGGCUCGCUCAAUCCUGGCAAGCAAACUUUUGAGAAAAUGAUCUCGGGCAUGUACAUGGGCGAGCUGACUCGCCAAGUUUUAGUGGAUAUGAUCUGGGAAGGGCUCAUCUUCCAGGAAAAGGACACGGACAAACUAUUUGAAUGGGGCCAGUUCCUGACCAAAUAUGUGUCUGAAAUCGAGUCUGACAUGGUGGGAGAUUUCACCCGAGCUAAAAAAGUUCUCGAUGAGUUGGGAAUCAAGGACCCCAGUGAUGAGGAUAUGUCUGCCAUGCGUUACAUUUGUGAGCUGGUUUCACGCCGAGCUGGAUUCAUGGCCUCAGCCGGAAUCACGGCUCUUUUGAAGAAGAUGGAUUAUCAUGACGUGGUGGUGGCCAUCGAUGGAUCCGUCUUCAGGUAUCAUCCGCACUUCCCAAAUAUCAUGCGAUCUAGAAUCAGUCAAUUGAUGGGCAUUGAUUACAAAUUCGAUCUGAUGCUCUCUACCGAUGGUUCUGGUCGUGGAGCCGCUCUUGUUGCGGCUGUUUUGACAAAUCAGGAGCAACAAAGACAGCAAAAAGAUGAGGAAUAAAUUGCUAUUCUAUUGUUCCAUAGUUCAACUUCAGGAUUGAGUCUGCAUUUUGAUUGUUUUGCCGAGUCACCAAGCUUACAUGUGGACAGUCAUUCAAUUAUCCAACAAUAAAACAGUCCAUGUAAAAUUUAUGGUCGUUGACAUGUCUUCGUGAGCUGUAACGUAUUACUUGGCAUAACCAGCUUUGACAAUUCGAUGUUUAUCAUUGCACAUACCGAAAUACAUCACAUAAGUUCACCAUUA